AUGGCUGACAAAGUUGCUCGCCAUUCCCAAUAUAAUCAUAAAUCUAAUUCAAAUCUAGUCUUGCCAACGAAUUCAUCAUCGAAUGAUCAACAUGAACGUAAUAAAUCUACUGGUGAAGUACAAUCAAUUGUUGAAGAUAUAAAAGAUUUUCGAAUGGGUGAUCGAGUACAACACACACGACCAGCAUCUAUUAAUAAAAAACAAAAGAAAGAUGAAGAUCAUUCAUCGAUCUAUGAUAUAACUCGAUUUAAAGGACAAACAUUACUUAGUGAUUUAACAGAUGAUACAUCUAAUAUUUUAUAUCAACCAAAAACUUAUGAAACAAAACAAAUAUAUGAAACUUUACUUAAUUUUAUUCAAGAAACUAUUGGUGAUCAGACACAAACUAUUUUACGCAGUGCUGCUGAUGAAAUAUUAAUUUUACUUAAAGAUAAUAAAUUAACUAAUCAAGAUCGUAAAAAUAAAAUUGAAACAUUAUUAAAACCAGGCAUGUCUGAUGAACGUUUUAAUUUUCUUAUUAAUCUUAGUAAAAAAAUUACCGAUUGGUCGUUCGACAUUGAAAAUGAUACAAUCGAUGAAACAAUUGGUGUUCCUAUUCAAUUUGAAGGUUCAAGCGAUGAUGAUGAUGACAACGAAGAUGAAAUUUCCGAUGUUGGAGAAAUUCCAAUGGAUGAAAAUAUUCAAGAAACAAGUUAUUGCAUAAGAAGUGAUGAUUUAAUUCGAACAAAUAAUACAUUACAACCACAUGCAAUUGAUGCAUUUUGGUUAGAACGUAAUUUAAGCAAAAUCUAUCCGAAUAUUACAGAUGCAAAAAACAAAGCUGAAGAACUUCUUGAUAUUCUUAAAACAACAUCGAAUAAUCAUGAAUUAGAAAAUAAACUUAUUAUAUUACUUGGUUGUGAACAAUUUGAAUUUAUUAAAACAUUACGAACACAUCGACAAAUGAUUCUUUAUUGUAUUCUACUUGCAAGAGCACAAACUACAUUAGAAAAAACACAUAUUGAAGAAAAAAUGAGAAAUAAUCCAGAAUUAAUAUGGAUAUUGCAUGAUUUAUCAACAUUACAAAUUAAUCGUGAUCAAGAAAACAUGGAAAUAGAUAAUAAUAAUACAACACAUCAAAUUCUUGAUUUUGAAGAUUUAACAUUUCAUCAAGGAAAUCAUUUUAUGUCAAAUAAAACUUGUCAAUUACCAAAUGGAUCUUUUCGUUUACAAAAGAAAGGUUAUGAAGAAAUACAUAUACCUUCUCUUAAACCUUCAAGAUUUAAUUCCGACGAAAUUCUUUAUCCAAUAUCAAAUUUACCUAAAUAUGUUCAACCAGCAUUUGAAGGCUAUAAAGAAUUAAAUCGUAUUCAAUCACAUAUGAUUAAAACAAUAUUUGAAACUGAUGAAAAUAUUUUAUUAUGUGCACCGACUGGUGCUGGUAAAACAAAUGUUGCAUUACUUUGUAUUCUACAUGAAAUAGGUAAACAUAUUAUGUCUGAUAAUAGUAUUAAUACUAAUGAAUUUAAAAUAAUUUAUAUUGCACCAAUGAAAUCACUUAUUCAAGAAAUAGUUAAUAGUUUUACAGAGCGUUUAAAUUCCUAUGGUAUUAAAGUAUCAGAAUUAACUGGUGAUCAUCAAUUAACCAAAGAAGAAAUAAAUCAAACACAAAUAAUUAUUUGUACACCAGAAAAAUGGGAUAUUAUAACACGUAAAGGUGAUGAACGUAUAUAUACACAAUUAGUACAUUUAAUAAUUAUUGAUGAAAUACAUCUAUUACAUGAUGAUCGUGGUCCUAUACUUGAAGCAAUUAUUGCUCGAACAAAUCAUUUAAUUAAAACAAUAAAAAAUCAUGUACGUUUUGUUGGAUUAAGUGCUACAUUACCUAAUUAUGAAGAUAUAGCCGAAUUUUUGAAUGUAAAAUCUACAGGUUUAUUUUAUUUUGAUAAUAGUUAUCGACCUGUACCACUUGAACAAGAAUAUAUUGGUAUAACAGAAAAAAAAGCCAUUAAACGUUUUCAUAUGAUGAAUGAUCUUGUUUAUGAAAAAGUCAUGGAACAUGCUGGAAAAAAUCAAGUACUUAUUUUUGUACAUUCAAGAAAAGAAACAGGACGAACAGCACGUACUCUACGUGAUGGAUGUAUAGAAAAAAGUACCAUUGGAUGUUUUCUUAAAGCAGAUUCAGUUUCACAAGAAACUUUACAAAUGGCAAUCGAAUUAACUAAAAAUUUGGAACUAAAAGAUCUUCUUCCAUAUUCAUUUGCUAUUCAUCAUGCUGGUAUGAGUCGUGCUGAUCGAAUUUUAGUUGAAGAUCUUUUUCGUAAACGACAUAUUCAAGUACUUAUAUCAACAGCUACACUUGCUUGGGGUGUUAAUUUACCUGCACAUACAGUUAUUAUCAAAGGCACACAAGUUUAUAAUCCUGAAAAAGGUCGUUGGGCUGAAUUAAGUGCACUUGAUGUUAUGCAAAUGUUUGGUCGAGCUGGUCGUCCUCAAUAUGAUAAAAUUGGUCAAGGUAUUUUAAUAACUAAUCAUAAUGAAUUACAAUAUUAUUUAUCAUUAAUGAAUCAACAACUUCCAAUUGAAAGUCAAAUGAUAUCAAAAUUAAUUGAUAAUCUUAAUGCUGAAAUUGUUCUUGGAACUAUUGAAAAUAUUCAUGAAGCUGCUGAAUGGCUUUGUUCUACUUAUUUAUAUAUACGUAUGAAAAAACAACCUCAAUUAUAUGGUGUAUCAAAUGAAACUCUACUUAUUGAUAAUACUCUUUUUCAACGACGUUUAGAUUUAAUUCAUUCUGCAGCAAUACAAUUAGAUAAAAGUCAUUUAAUUCAUUAUGAUCGUAGAACAGGUAAGUUUCAAAUGACUGAUCAUGGUCGAAUUGCAAGUUAUUAUUACUGUAGUCAUGAAACAAUUGCAAUAUAUAAUAAAUUAUUGAAACCAACAUUAAAUGAUAUUGAAUUAUUUCAUAUAUUUUCAUUAUCACCAGAAUUUCGUCAUAUAAUUGUACGAGAAGAAGAAAAAUAUGAAUUAAAAAAAUUAAUUGAACAUGUACCAAUACCUAUUAAAGAAAAUAUUGAUGAAUCAAAUACAAAAAUAAAUAUACUUUUACAAGUUUAUAUAUCUCAAUUAAAACUUAAUGGUUUAGUAUUAAUGGCUGAUAUGAUUUAUAUAAUACAGAAUGCUGAAAGAUUAAUUCGAGUAAUAUUUGAAAUUGUUUUAAAAAAACAAUGGGCAAGAUGUGUAGAUAAAACAUUAAAUUUAGCAAAAAUGAUUGAUAAACGAAUGUGGCAAAGUAUGUGUCCAUUAAGACAAUUUAAAAAAAUUUCAAAUAUAAUUAAUCAAACAAUUGAAAAGAAAAAUAUUUCAUGGGAUAGAUUCUAUGAUUUAGAUGCAAAUGAAAUUGGUGAAUUUCUUCGUGAACCUAAAAUUGGACAAACAGUUUAUAAGCAUAUACAUUAUAUACCUAAAUUAGAAUUAACUGUACAUAUUUUACCAAUUACACGAUCAAUGCUUAAAGUUGAAUUAACAAUAACACCUGAUUUUCAAUGGAAUGAAACAAUUCAUGGAACAAGCGAGCCAUUUUGGAUUUUUGUCGAAGAUGGUGAUGCAGAAGUUUUACUUCAUCAUGAAUAUUUUCUUCUUAAAAAAAAAUAUUGUAAAGAUGAACAUUAUGUAAAAUUUUUCGUUCCAAUUUAUGAAGCAUUACCACCACAAUAUUUUAUUCGUGUUGUAUCUGAUCGAUGGUUAUCAUCAGAAACUCAAAUAGCUGUAUCAUUUCGUCAUUUAAUCUUACCAGAAAAACAACUAGAAUCAACUGAAUUACUCGAUUUACAACCAUUACCUGUUAAUGUAUUAAAUAAUUCAAAAUAUGAAGAAUUAUAUAAUUUUAAAGUUUUUAAUUGUAUUCAAACACAAGUUUUUAAUACAUUAUAUCAUACGGAUGAAAAUGUAUUUUUGGGUGCAUCAAAUGGUUCUGGUAAAACAAUAUGUGCUGAAUUUGCCAUAUUAAGAUUAUUUUCUGAUGAAAAAUUAAAAGAAAUAUCUGAACCUAAAUGUGUUUAUAUAACACCAAAAGAAGAAUUAGCAGAAAUUAUACGACAAGAUUGGGACAAACGUUUUGGAAUAAUUGAUCGAAAAGUGGUUAUGCUUUCUGGUGAAAUAUCCAUCGAUCUUAAAUUAAUUGCAAAAGGUGAUAUUAUUAUUUCAACACCAGAAAAAUGGGAUAAUUUAUCACGUCGAUGGAAACAACGAAAACAUAUUCAAAAUAUUCAUUUAUUUAUUGUCGAUGAUCUACACUGUAUCAACUCAGAUGAUGGAGUAAGUUUCAUUAGUUAA